AUGCUCGCUAUUGGUCUCCUUCCUGCCUGUCGCUGUCACCCUGCACUUGCGGGUCGCUUACCUGUGCCCACCCGUUCGUUAAUUUAUCCGGUCCACCCCAGUCUUUCCUAUCCAAGAUCUCUCCCCAUCUCACCAUACCUUACAGCGCACCCUAAAUUUGUAGCAUUACUGUUGUCCUGGCGGGCUGCCCUCUAUAAUUCGCGAAUGGUCCGUCUGGCUGUUGUUUGUUGGUCAUAA